GCAUGGGUGAGCUGCCCGCCGCGGCUCCGAACCCGACGUCACCUCCUCAUUCUGGCUACCGACCUCGUCAGCCGCAUCAAUCGCUCCCUUUUCGGCCACGACACCACCCUCCACGACGUGGUCCAGCGCUACGAAACGGCACAUUCAACGGGCAUGAACACCCAACGGGCAGCAUGGCGCCUCUUGAGGGGUAUUGCGCCCACAGCUGCGCGGAGGCGUAACUUGUCGCAGAUGCCCAGCCGACAGGGCCCCGCGGCCUCGAUCCCAAUGCCGUACAUCACAGAAGUCACAUCUGGUGGCUGGAGGACAUCCGACAUCUUCUCCAAGCUACUACAGGAACGGAUAGUCUGCCUCAACGGCCCCAUAGACGACACCGUCUCCGCCGCCAUCGUGGCCCAGCUCCUCUGGCUCGAGUCCGACGCCCCCGACAAGCCCAUCACCAUGUACAUCAACUCGCCCGGCGGCGAGAUCAGCUCCGGCCUGGCCAUCUACGACACCAUGUCCUACAUCCAGCCGCCCGUGUCCACCGUCUGCGUCGGCGCCGCCGCCUCCAUGGCCGCCAUCCUGCUGCUGGGCGGCGAGGCCGGCAAGCGCUACGCCCUGCCGCACAGCUCCGUCAUGGUCCACCAGCCCCUGGGCGGCACAAAGGGCCAGGCCUCCGACAUUGUCAUCUACGCCACCCAGAUCCAGCGCAUCCGCACCCAGGUCAACGACAUCGUGCGCCGCCACCUCAACCUGUCCUUUGGGUUUGACAAGUACGACGCCCAGACUGUCAACGAUAUGAUGGAGAGGGAUCGCUACCUGAUGGCACACGAGGCGAAGGAGAUGGGGAUCGUGGAUGAGAUAUUGCUGAAGCGGCCUGGGAAGAAGGAGACCAAGGACGGCAAGUAGUCGCGAUGGCGCUCGACGGACGUGCUUUGGCGGAGGCAGUCAUGGCUCUCGCGAUGGGAGAGUGGCAAUGAUGACCCGCAUCCCAUAUCAGUGAGGAGAGAGCAUAUGCGUGUGGGAGGCUCUCGUCGCUACCGGGCGAUAUGUUAGUGGGUGUGUGUGAGGUAUGAGCUAGGCUGCGACAGCCUUUCCCUUGCAGACGGGCCUCCGUAGCUGCCUACUGCCUCAGAGCUUCGCUCUCAUUCACACAUCACAUGUCCGUACAGCGAUUGAGUGGACGGCAGUUUGGACCACAUUUCUCAUAAGCUACUACUAGUACCUAGCACCUUCCCAAAGGAUGCCCCGAGCAAAGCUUCUUUUACCACGAUUGGCAUCUGCAUCACAACCGUAUGACCACAGUUAUUAUCCAGACUCUUCAUUGACCAAAUCUUUCCUCGCUGAUGGUGAGAAGCUCGGCGAAUAGUCUCUUUAGCUUGGUGUGGAUGACGGGGGUGUAGAUUGGCAGAAGCCUGGGGGCGAUCUGCGAAGAGAGAGCCUUGCGCGUGCGGACAAAAAAGACACCCGCGGAAAACUGACUUCCCGACUGUCCAGAUACCUAAAGAAGCAA